AUGGCUUCACAAGACGACAAUGGCACCCGACCCUUGUCUCUUGUCGACUCGCAUAUUCACCUUUACGCAGCUUCACAUAUCCCGUGCUUGAACUGGACAGCUGACCUGCCAGAGCAGCACCGCCUGAACAGACAGAAUUCUGUGGAUCAGUACCGAGCAGCUACCGCGCAACACUCCGACCGCCUUCUUGGUUUUGUGUUUCUCGAGACAGACCGGAAGUCAGGCCUCAGGGAGACCGAGUGGACUGACGCUCUCGAAGAAGUCGAUUUCUUGCUCAGGAUCGCACGGGGUACACCGCGUGACGGGGAAGGCCACCAUCCCGACGAUGGCAAGCUGGUUCUCGGAAUCGUCCCAUGGGCUCCCGUCCCAGCUGGCGAAAGGGAACUGGGAAAUUACGUGCAACACGUCCGACAGCACGCGGGGGACAAAUGGGCGCUGAUCAAGGGCUUUCGGUAUCUAGUCCAGGACAAGCCCGCCGGCGUCAUCCUCGACCCGCGGUUCAUCAAAGGGUUGCAAUGGCUAGGCAGUCAGAAUCUUACCUUUGACUUGGGCGUCGAUGCCCGUUCGGGAGGACUCAGUCAACUCGAAGAGGCAUGCGAGAUGAUGGACCAGGUUUACCCCGUCGGCGGCUCAAGCACAGUCAGGAUCAUCAUCAACCACUUCUGCAAGCCCAACCUACGACUCCCCGCCGAAGAAGCACUGCAAGGGCAUGCGGACUUUGUGAGAUGGUCAAAGUGCAUCGAGCGGAUGGCAGGUCAUCAGCACACGUACAUGAAACUUUCAGGAUUUUUUUCUGAACUGCCAGAGCAAGAGGAGAACAACGCCACGGACAUCCCGGCAUUGGCGGCACGCACGAAGCCCUGGGUCGACGUCGUUUUCAGGGUGUUUGGCCCGUCACGAAUCAUGUUCGGCUCAGACUGGCCAGUCUGCAACGUCGGGGGCCCGGGCACCGCGAAGUCAUGGCAUCAUUGGCACGACCUCGUGGACGAGAUUCUCACGGCACAAAACCUGACGCGGGACGAAAAGGCUCGAGUAUGGUCCGGCACGGCCGUGGCAGCGUAUAACAUCCGCCUCUAA